AUGUCUUCGUCAUCUCAAAUCAUCGAUACUACCCAAGUCUCGGAUCCUGAAGAUCAGUGUUCUACCCCGGAACAUGAGAUUGAUGAUGCUGUUGUACCUGAAGCUUCAUCAUCCAAGCCAAAGAAGAAGAAAAAGUCCAAAGCUGCAAAGGUUCUCAACGCCGUGCGCGGCAAGAAUGAAAUACCACAAGAGCUCGUCACUCACGUCGUGGAUCGAGUCGUCGCUGAGCACGGGCCAAAUACCGCAGCCACGAAUGAAGAUAAUAUCAGGCAAGUAUUAGAGCAGAUGAAGAUCAUGGAUGUCAUCAAAGGCAAAUCGGGCAUCUCUGGGCGAGGAAAGAAAGCCAUGGGAGAGCAUAAGUUUUGGGCAACUCAGCCAGUCCCACAGCUUGGUGAUGAGGCUUCGCCCGAUGACGGCUUCAUCGAACCCGACAAGCCUCGGGAAGAAGUGCGCCAAGACGCAUACCCUCUCCCGAAAGACUUUGAGUGGUCCAUAUUAGACAUAAACGACUCCAAGCAAAUCAAAGAGGUUUAUGAUCUAUUGUCUCUCAAUUACGUCGAGGACGAUGAGGCCGCAUUCCGUUUCCAAUAUAGUGCCGAGUUUCUUGAAUGGGCACUCAAACCCCCAGGUUACCUCAAAGAAUGGCAUCUUGGUGUUCGUGUGUCUUCGAAUAGGAAACUGGUAGCUUUCAUCUCUGGUGUGCCAGUCACAUUACGUGUACGCGGAAACGUUUUCCGGGCGUGCGAGAUCAAUUAUCUCUGUGUGCACAAGAAGUUGCGGUCGAAACGCUUGGCCCCGGUGCUCAUUAAGGAGAUCACACGACAAGUGAAUCUAACGGGCAUCUUCCAGGCCAUCUAUACCGCUGGCGUCGUCCUUCCCACACCUGUGUCCACUUGCCGUUACUUCCACCGCUCACUGAAUAUUCCGAAACUUGUCGAUGUCAAAUUUACGUAUGUUCCCAGGAGCAUGACGCUCGCUCGAAUGAUUCGCGUCUACAAGACCGCUGCAAAGCCUGAACUGAGCGGCCUUCGUGAAAUGGAGGAAAGAGAUGUCUCAGACGUUGCCGAUCUCUUCACGCGCUACAUGCAGAGGUUCAGCAUGGGGCCAAUCAUGACCCUUGACGAGGUUCGCCAUCAGUUUUUGAGUGGGCGAGGACGGAUGGACGAACCGUCAGAGCAUUAUCGGAGGCCAGGCCAGGUGGUGUGGACGUAUGUUGUUGAGGACCCAAAAACACGCCGGAUAACCGACUUCUUUUCGUUCUACUCUCUUCCCUCGACGAUUAUAAAUCAUCCGAAACAUGGGUUGUUGGAAGCUGCCUACUUGUUCUACUAUGCAUCUGAUGUGGCGUUCGCCGAAGACUCGGAAGCGGACAACAACCUCAAGAAACGAUUAGAAGCUCUUGUGGGAGAUGCCCUGAUCAUCGCGAACCAGGCCAAAUUCGACGUCUUCAAUGCCCUAACACUCAUGGACAACUGUAGCUUUUUGGAGAGUUUAAAGUUCGGCGCCGGGGACGGUCUCCUCAACUUUUACUUGUACAACUGGAGAACAGCACCUCUUGCAGGCGUCUCGGCUGCUGGUGGUGUAGAACCAGGGAAGGGUGUCGGGGUUGUCAUGUUGUGA